AUGGAUUUGGAUAUAUGGCUCAAAAACUCUAAGUGUUGUUCGAAGAAUCAGGAAUCAACGGUUAAUGAUAAUUACAAAGAUGCGAAAAUGUUGGAAAAAGAGAUCCAAACGGAGGCGGAAUUCGUUUUCCGGAAUGGUGCAUUGAAAUUAAUUGCUGAAUGUGUAAAGGAAUAUGGAAUUUCAGAAACAUAUAGAAUACCGAAACCGUUAUUAGAUAUUGAAUGCCUAAAAGAUCAAGUGCUGCAGAAUUCAGCUUCGACCUUAGAAAUACAAACGCUGCGAGAUUUAAGGUCAGGCAAAGUUACUGGUUAUAUCGAAGUACUGAAUGAUAAAAAUGCUAAAACAGAUGAUGCAAAAACAUCGAUGUCACUCACCAGGUCUCCAGAUCCAAAAGGUGUUUCAAAUUUUAUGGGUUCUGCAAGCAACAUUCCUUUUAUGCCCGGUGGUUUCGAUGCGGAAAUCGAGAAUGUACUUCGUUUGAAAUGCUCCAUAUCUGAACUACUCUUUUGCAUACCUGGAAUAAAUGUUGAUGGUCUCACUGAAGGUGACAUUCACGAAAUUCCUCAAAAUAGUGUUCAUUGCGCUGAUGAUAAUUUGGCUGAUUUGCUGGAAUCUGUCAACAUCAGUAAUCCAACAUGCUCUUCAAGAACACUUGAAGAUGAUUCUGAAGGUGCUGAGGAGUCACAUAAUGAGUCGGAAAUUGGUAAAGAAGUGGAUAAAGAAUUCGAGCAACUGGUUAUCACAUUGGACGAGGUUGCACCUUCAUCAAGUGGAAAAGAUGAGUUACAAGUACAAAAUAGAGAAUAUUCAUAUGCUCAUGUUUUGAAUACAUCAAAGAAUGUUGACGAGUACGAAGUAUUGAAAAGUAAUAUGGCAAGAAAGUAUCCGUUUGAACUGGAUCCAUUUCAACAACAAGCAGUUGUCUGUUUAGAUCGUGGAGAUUCAGUAUUUGUUGCCGCUCAUACUUCGGCUGGCAAAACCGUUGUUGCUGAGUACGCUGUUGCUUUGUGUAAUUUACAUAAAACCAGAGCAAUAUAUACAUCGCCGAUAAAAGCGCUUUCAAAUCAGAAAUUUCGCGAAUUUAAGCUCAUUUUUCAAGAUGUUGGUCUCAUAACAGGUGAUAUACAAUUGCACCCAGAAGCUUUCUGUCUUAUAAUGACAACAGAGGUUUUAAGAUCUAUGCUUUAUAAUGGAUCGGAAGUUAUUCGCGAAUUAGAAUGGGUCAUAUUUGAUGAAGUACACUAUAUCAAUGAUGCAGAGCGUGGACAUGUUUGGGAGGAAGUGCUGAUUAUGUUACCUGCUCAUGCUAAAAUUGUUAUGUUAAGUGCUACAGUGCCUAAUUGUGUUGAAUUCGCUGAUUGGGUUGGGCGCAUUAAAAAGAAGCGAAUUUAUGUAAUUAUGACUGCGCGACGUCCUGUUCCACUAGAACACUUUUUAUAUACUGGACAAGAUGGCAAAACUAAAAAGGAUAUGUUUAAAAUUAUCGACAGCUGUGGGCAAUUUGUUCAAAAAGGGUAUUCUCUUGCAAGUGCAGCAAAAGCAAAUAUACGUAAAGCAAGUGCAAACGUGGGACCUGACAAGAAUGUUUACAUUACUGUUAUCGACCAUCUACGCAUGCAGAACAUGUUGCCAGUCAUUGUUUUUGUUUUCUCUAGACGAAGAUGUGAUGAUAAUGCGUAUUUGUUGCGAUCAAUUGAUUUGACUACAGAGAAGGAGAAAUCCAGUAUACAUCAUUUCUUUUCAAGGUGUAUUGCGCGCUUGAGAGGUUCGGACAAAAAUCUACCUCAGGUACUACAAAUGAAAGAAUUAUGUAAGCAUGGUUUUGCAAUACAUCACAGCGGUAUUUUGCCAAUUCUAAAAGAGGUUGUCGAAUUGCUGUUCCAGAAAGGACUCGUCAAGGUUUUGUUUGCUACUGAAACUUUUGCUAUGGGCGUCAAUAUGCCCGCCCGGACGGUGAUUUUUGACUCACUGCAGAAACACGAUGGCCGACAGUUGCGUCUGUUGAAUCCGGGGGAAUAUAUUCAGAUGGCUGGUCGAGCGGGGCGACGAGGUCUGGAUGCUACUGGGUCCGUAAUUGUUUUAUGUAAAGGACCUUAUGUUCCCGACUAUCUAGACCUCGUCAAUUGUAUGCAGGGCAAACCGACAAAGCUAGAGUCACGGUUUAGAGUAACAUACUCAAUGCUCCUAAAUUUGUUGCGAGUAGAGCAUUUGAGUGUCGAGGAUGUGCUAAGAAGAAGCUACGUUGAAAGUGCAUCACUAAGAUUAGCAUUGACACAAAAAGCACGCUUAAAACAGACAGAAGAACUGUUGUUACUGAAAAAAGAUCCUGAUUGUACAACAUGUUUUCCUACUGAAGGCAAUUCAAUUGUUGAUUAUUACGAAAACUUGAGAAUAUUCAUACGGUAUCGAGCUGAAUUAUGGCCUGAAUUAAUUCGAUUUUCGGUUUUGGAUAAAUUAUUAUUGCCAGGACGUCUGGUUAUUGUUUGUUUGCCAGAAAUUGGACGACUUGCUGCUGUGGCAGUUCUUCUUAAGCUAACGGUGGAUGGGAAUUCAAAGAAUAUGGCUUUACUGCUAUCUGUGGUAGACGAUCAACAAGUUACAGAGCAUGAAAAGCAAAAAAGAGACCGUUUCACAAGAAUGCCACAAGAAGAGCAACAGGAAAUCUGUGAGACAAGCCUAUUGCAGUGUGCAGCAUUUUAUGGUCUUGAAGGACUACCACCACAAAAAUUCUCAGAUCAAGUGCGAAGAAUAGGCACUGUCGUGGAUAGUAUACCACUCAGUCGUUUGAUAGCAGUUUGUCAAAAAACCAUGAAGAUUGAUCCACUGGCAAUCAUAGAUGAUAUGAAAACAAGGAAUUACCCCAGAAAUCGGACUAAAUCACCAGAUCAGGCGGUUCUGAAAUUAAUUGGUGAAAUUGAUAAUAUAGCAGCAAAUUGGGACAGCACGAAAAAGGGAAAUGUAAAAUUACCAGGGCAAGAUAUACAAGUGAACGAUGUUGAAAUGUUUCAAAAAUUGCGUUAUUUGAAUGAUCUCCGCAAUUUACUCAUAAAUGAUGCAAAUUUUGCUUGUCAACGGUGUUCGCUAUUUCAGGAACAUUUCACAUAUAUACAUGAUAAAAGAAACCUUCAAGGAAAAUGUGAUGAGCUUCGUUUAAAGCUUUCAACUGGUGGUUUACUGCUCUCACAGGAUUACAGCGAUCGUAUCAAGCUUUUACGUCGGUUAAAUUACAUUGAUGAUUCAAAUUUGGUUUCUCUGAAAGGUCGUGUAGCUUGUGAAAUACAUCAUCAGGAAUUGUUGAUUACGGAAUUGAUGCUGGACAAUAAAUUUCAUUAUCGUUCAACUGCGGAAAUAGCAGCUAUGCUUUCAGUAACAACAUGUCAGCAUAGGUUAAGGGAGGGCGAAUGCAGGAAAGAUAAGGAAGGUGAAGCGAUACAAACGCCACCAGUAUUAGAGGAGUUGAAAGAUGACAUCAUUGAAGUGUGUAACAGAAUUGGAAGGAUCCAACGGGAAUGUGGUGUAAAAGAUGUUGACAUUUCUGAAGAAUUGAGCUUUGGUUUGAUGCAUGCUGUUUAUGAAUGGGCCAGUUCCAUGCCAUUUGCUGAGAUAAUGCAACUCACUGAUGCACAAGAAGGUUUGAUUGUACGCUGUAUACAAAGAUUGGAUGAAUUAUGUCACGAUAUACGAAAUGCCGCACGAUUAGUUGGUGAUCCUACAUUGUAUGAGAAAAUGGACGAUACAUCGGCAGCUAUCAGAAGAGAUAUCGUUUUUGCUGCUAGUCUUUAUACUGUUCUCGAUUAG